UCAGCCUCGGCCGCCUUCGCCCCGCAUGUUCUCCCUCCGAGGCUGCGGCCGCCGGGUCGCGGCUUCUCUCCGCAGACGGCCCCUGUCGUUAGGCCGGCCCGGCAGCGACAGCGCGGCGCCUGGACCCCCGCACUUCGACGUGGUGGUCAUCGGCGGGGGCCACGCGGGGACCGAGGCCGCCGCCGCCGCCGCUCGGUGCGGCUCCCGCACGCUGCUCGUCACGCACCGCGUGGACACCAUCGGUCAGAUGUCCUGUAAUCCUUCCUUUGGUGGCAUCGGGAAGGGACAUUUAAUGAGGGAAGUAGAUGCUUUGGAUGGCCUGUGUUCUCGAAUCUGUGACCAGUCUGGUGUACAUUACAAAGUAUUAAACAGGCGGAAGGGGCCAGCAGUCUGGGGACUGAGAGCUCAAAUUGAUAGGAAACUCUAUAAACAAAACAUGCAGAAAGAAAUCCUCAAUACACCACUGCUUACGGUCAGGGAAGGAGCUGUAGAAGACCUCAUUCUCUCAGAACCAGAGCCAGAGCAUGCUGGGAAAUGCCGUGUCAGCGGUGUUGUUUUGGUGGAUGGAAGCACAAUUUCUGCAGAGAGUGUGAUUCUGACUACUGGGACAUUUCUCAGAGGCAUGAUUGUAAUUGGGUUGGACAAGUAUCCUGCUGGACGUUUAGGAGAUCAGUCUUCUGUAGGUCUGGCCCAGACUCUAGAGAAGUUGGGAUUUACAGUGGGAAGAUUAAAGACUGGGACUCCUCCCCGAAUUGCCAAAGAGUCUAUUAAUUUCAGCAUUCUGAACAAGCAGACACCAGAUAACCCGUCCGUACCAUUCAGCUUUCUCAAUGAGACUGUGUGGAUUAAGCCAGAAGAUCAGCUGCCUUGUUACUUGACCCACACCAACCCCAGAGUGGAUGGCAUUGUCCUUGAGAACCUCCACCUUAACAGUCAUAUUAAGGAAACCACAAAAGGGCCUCGAUACUGUCCCUCUAUUGAAUCAAAGGUGUUACGCUUUCCAAACCGUGUCCAUCAAGUUUGGCUGGAACCUGAAGGAUUGGAUUCUGACCUUAUCUACCCCCAAGGCUUGUCUGUGACACUGCCAGCUGAACUGCAAGAAAAGAUGAUCACAAGUAUCAGAGGCUUAGAGAAAGCUAAAAUGAUUCAUCCAGGUUAUGGUGUUCAGUACGACUACUUAGACCCCCGUCAAAUCACACCUUCUCUUGAGACUCAUUUGGUUCAACGACUCUUCUUUGCUGGACAAAUAAAUGGCACCACGGGUUAUGAGGAAGCUGCAGCUCAAGGUGUGAUAGCUGGAAUCAACGCCAGUCUGCGGGCCAGUGACAGGCCACCCUUCAUCGUGAGUCGGACAGAAGGCUACAUAGGAGUAUUGAUUGAUGACCUCACCACUCAGGGCACCAGUGAGCCAUACCGAAUGUUCACCAGCCGUGUGGAGUUCCGCUUGUCACUGCGUCCUGAUAAUGCUGACAACCGGCUUACAUUCCGAGGGUACAAGGAAGCUGGCUGUGUGUCCCCACAACGAUAUGAAAGAGCUUCUUGGAUGAAAUCUUCUUUAGAAGAAGGUAUUUCUGUAUUGAAAUCCAUUGAGUUUUCCAGCUCCAAAUGGAAGACAUUAAUCCCACAGGCUUCUAUGAGCGUUAAUAAAAGUGUGCCUGUGAGAGCCCUGGAUGUUCUGAAGUAUGAGGAUGUUGACAUGGAGUUGUUAGCCAGCGUGGUGCCAGAACCCUUGAGAAAGUACACUGAAUGUACAGAGCUAGCUGAAAGGCUGAAGAUAGAAGCAACUUAUGAAUCAGCACUGUUCUACCAACUACAAGAAAUAAAGGAAGUUCAACGAGAUGAAGCUCUCCAGCUGCCCGAAGACCUGGAUUAUUUGACUAUCAGAGAUGUGUCUUUAUCUGAUGAAGUUCGAGAGAAGUUGCAUUUCAGUCGUCCACAGACAAUCGGGGCUGCCAGUCGGAUACCUGGAGUGACGCCUGCUGCCAUUGUCAACCUGCUCAGAUUCGUGAAGACGGCUCAGCAGAGACAGGCAGCUGCACAGGAACUGCCCCCAGCUAAGCCGUGCCCACCUGCUGCACAUACGUUUCAAGAGCUCUAGCUGGGGCUGGGAAGGUGGCUCAGUGGUAGAGCGCUUGCCUUGCAUGCCUGA